AUGUGUAAAGAAGCUUUAUGGAAUAUCCCAAUGAAUGAUACAUUAUUUCACAAUUCAUUCAACAAUUGCAGUUCUAUAACUAAUGAUGGCAAAAAUGACCAUAUCAAUAGGAAUUUUUAUUGUUCAAGCCCUUCGAACCAAUACAAUGUAAAUAAUUUCGCCUUUCCUAAUUAUUUGGCACCCUUUUAUGACCAAAAUAUCGUCAAGGAUAGUCCCUCGAAUUACGGGUUUUAUUCCUCCUCAUCCUUAAUCUCUUCUGACUGCCGCCUUCAACUCCCAAACACAGGGGAGUAUUUUAAUUUUCCACAAUCAGAAUCAGAACUUUAUGAUCAAAUUAUUUCAAAUUCUGUAACUGAUUUUGAUACCAUUGGUGACAAAACUGGUUCUCAAGUUGAUUCUAAGGAUAAUUUCCCGGGUCUUUACAAAGAGUUUUUGGAUGAAAAAAAGUUAUUUGAAUCACUUGAAACUAAGUUAAAACCCCUAAAGCUGAAAGAACAUUCAUGCGAAACUUGUUCUAAAAAUGGUUACAGUUCCCUUUACAACACCACUUUUAAUACUGUUAAUAAUCUUGAAGGAAAAAAUUUGGAUCCAUGCCCUCAUUCUGAUCUUAAAAACGUUCCAAUUCCAUACCCGAUUACUUCAUUUAACAAUGAGUCAACAAAUAUUAAUCCUCCAAAUGCUGACGAAUUGGAUCGAUUAUUGAGUUACACUAAGGAAACUGAACUUGAUGAAAACAUGUGUGUUGAAAUCGAUGACAUUUCUGAAUUUAUAGAAACUCAGAGAAAUUUGAACGAUUUAACACCAAUAAAUACGAAUACACUCCGAAACCUUUCACUUAAUUCUCAAUUAAAAGGUAAUUUAAAAAAUUUGCAGUGUGCAAAUGGAGAAAAUUACACAGUUUUUAACGAGGAUUUACCUGUAAUUUCAUUGAAAAAUGAGAUAACCGAAGACAAUUUAAGCAAAUCGGAUGAAUGGAUAUAUCCUAAAUGUAUUCUGAAGAAUUCUAUUUCUUCUCAAUUUCCCCAAAACCUAGCUACCAGAACACCUUUUAAUUCUUUAGCUGAUCCUCUGGCUACUAAAUCUAGCGCUAAAGAAGAAAUUCACCCUGUUAUUAACUUGGAAUCUAAAUUAUUGGAUGGUGAGAUGGACUUAAAUUUUAUGAUUGAAAGGUAUGUUGAACUAAGGAAGUUGGAUUAUCCUGAUGAAAUUUUGAGGGCUCUAAAGCACAUGAUUUGCGAGCGCCUAAACAGGCCCAAACUUUACUAUAAAGGUUCAAAAUCAGAUCAAACUGAAAAGGAUACUCUAGAAUACAUUUUUAACAACAUUGUCAAGUCAAUUAACCUAGUUGAUACCGUAAGACCGUACGAAAAACGAAUUGAUGAAGAAUCAACCAUGUAUACAUAUUCAAGUUUGUCUUUAUCUUCUUACGAUUCUGUGUUUGAAAGUUUCAACUUUGACGUUUCCUUUAACGAUUUUUUUUGUCAAACAGUUGAUUCAAUUCACAAAAAUACUGUCGAUUUGUAUGGUUGGCUGACAGUUUCCGAGGAAAAGUCAAGAACACUUUCUAACAAAGUAUUGUAUUGUGAGUUGGUUGGAGGCAAUCUAUCUCUAUUUUCAGCCUCUAACAGGGAAAGUAAUGACUCAUUUAACUCAUAUAAGCUUCUAAAAACAGUUAAAUUGGACGAAUUUUCAACCAUUACGAGAAAAAAAGAUUCCAAGAACAAUAAAAUAUUUAUACGUCUUUCAGGCUCUUUGGAUCCUGUUAAUACUAGAUCUAAUAAGUCCAACAAAAACCAUGCUGGAGAUAUGAUAAUAUUGAAACUAGAAGCUGAUACUCAAAAUGAAUUGCAAAAUUGGUACAUGUUUUUGUUUUCAAGAUCGAGGAUAAGUUCAUUUUUGACUAUCUUGCAAGACCUCAAAGUUAGUCCUCUGAACAAUACUUUAUUUUUUCUUUUGUACCCUAAAAAGAAGGAGCUUAUAUUGAAUAGAUUAAAGUAUGAAAAUGAAUGUGAAGAGGAAAUUUACUCUAAAUUCAUAAAAAAUCAUUUCUACUAUGCCGAUUUCACUAUGCGUAAUAUGAAUGAUAAUGAUAUAAUACAUCACAUGUUGAAUUGGAAGCAGCCUGUUUACACAAUUAACUUUUCUCUCAACAAGCUUAAUUUAAAGAUUGAGCCACAAGUUGUUCUGGAUUACCUCAACAAUAACAACAUUCGUAACUUAUUUCUUGACCGAAACCCUAUAAACGAAUCAUUUUACCUUAACAUUUUACCUCUAUUACCUACUCAGUCUGGUUUAAAGCAUUUGAGUUUAAAGGGUUGUUCUCUUUAUCCAUCUAUUAUAGGUGUGUUAAAGGGUAUUUGUAAGAAUAAAGGAUUUGACAAGUUUUUGUUGGAUUUGAGGGAGUGUGAAUUAACUCCUGAAAUUCAGGCUUUUCUCACUACUUACCCUUUCAACAAUUUGAAAAUCAUUCUCCAGAGUUCUUUAAAAUUCCCUCUGGAAUUUGAAAUGGACAAUUUCUUAGACAAUAAAGAUUUGUCUUUGAUUUCCAUAAUGGGUUCUGUUAUAUCUGGUAAACUUAUUUCGACACACCAGAAAGUGAGGAAGACUAACUUGGGGUGUUUUGGUGCUAAAAUGGACCACAGCUCCGAUGUUUAUUUUGAGUACCGGGCGCCUUACUUAGUUUGGUAUGACUGGACUCCAAAUAAUAGACGUUUUUCUCUUUACACAAGAAGAUACUCAGAUGAGCAGACUACCAGGUUAUCUGAGGACAAGGUUAUGUUCGUGAAAAACGUUAAGGCUGUGGAAAGAGCUGGCACCGAAUGGCUGAUGAUUGAGGGUAAAGCUCCCGAAAAUUUCAAGUAUCAAUCGAAAUUAUUGAAGUUUUACGUUAGAGGGGUUUGUGGAGUACAAUACACUGAUUACCUAGUACACCACUCGAACUUAAUUCCUUCCAAAUACAUUCUCUCAUUCUGCUCCAAAAUCGAUACUCCAGUUUUGGUUAUGAAUGAAUUCCCGUUGGAAAGGAAAUUUUUGAUGAGGUUUUUAUCUCAGUUGUCAACUCAGUCGACUUUGAAGGUUUUGAAUUUCUCCAAUAUGGGUCUAGAUUCGAAUAAGUUAUCGUUUGAGUUUCCAGUUUUGAGAGAUUUGGUGCUUGAGAAGCUCGACUACUCUUUCAAUACCAUCACUCUAGAUGAUAUGAACCAAUGGCUUCUAAACGCCUUGGUACCCAAAGUCACAGUACAAUAUUAUAACAUCAGCAACAACCCACUUGGGGACUCCGUAAAUACCACAAAGUUUUUUCUCAAAGUUUUAUCAUUAAAGCCAGAACACAUUUCGCUAAAUGACUGUAAAUUAUCAAAUGUAUUUGUAAAUGAAUUGAGUACUGAACUUGUUCGAACCAAACUCAAGUUGAAUUCGUUACAAAUUAUUGAGUUUGAAGCCAAUUCGUUCAAUUUACAGGAUAUGAAAAAGUUGAUUGAGGUAAUGAGUGAGUGUUUCCCGAGACUUACUGAAUUGAGACUAUCAGGUUCUCUCGACCCCGAAGGUGCCUCUAACUUGUCUCAAUUGUUUCCAAUUUGCUCAUUUGAACGGGUAUCUCCCUCAGAGCCUGAAGUUGGAGCCUUCACCCGAGUUUCUCACGUCAAGAAGGAAAAACGUACAACUAGAAAAUUCUUUCAUUCCAUCGCACAAUAA